CCCUGUGUAGAGCAGUCUUUCCUGCUACGUUUUGUGCACAUACAGUACAGGUAACAAUUUCGACAACCUUCUCCGUCCUUCGUUCUUUAUAAAUGCAUGCAUUGCACAUGGUUACUCAUGCCUCAACUAAUCCUAAAAAUGCCUCAAACCAGCGCCGGCCCUGAUCAUGUUGCAGUCCUUGCCUUCCCAUUCUCCUCCCAUGCGGCUCCGUUACUUGCCAUCAUCCACCGCCUCGCCACUUCCUCCCCAAACACACACUUCUCUUUCUUCAGCACCCAACAGUCCAACAACUCCAUCUUCUCCAUUUACAAGCAAAACACGAACAUCAAAGCAUACGACGUGUGGGAUGGUGUCCCUGAGGGCUACGUGUUUUCUGGGAAGCCUCAAGAGCACAUUGAGCUGUUCAUGAAGUCAGCUCCUAAUAGCUUUAAGAAGGCCAUGGAGGUAGCUGCAUCAGAUACAGGGAGAAAGGUGAGUUGUUUGGUGAGUGAUGCCUUCUUUUGGUUCGCUGGUGAGAUGGCGGAAGAGAUAGGGGUGAUUUGGCUGCCCUUUUGGACUGCAGGACCUACCUCACUUUCUGCUCAUGUCUACACUGAUCUCAUCAGGGAUACUUUUGGAGUCGGAGGUGUGGCAGGGCAUGAAGAUGAACUGCUAAGUUUGAUUCCAGGAAUGUCCAAAAUUCGAAUCCGUGAUUUGCCAGAAGGGGUACUCUUCGGAAACUUAGAAGCGUUCUUUCCAAACAUGCUGCAUAAAAUGGGAAGAGCGUUGCCGCAAGCAGCUGCAGUGUUCAUUAACUCAUUUGAAGAGCUAGACCCUAGGAUAACAAGGGACUUGAAGUCUAGAUUCAAAGAAUUUCUCAACAUUGGACCCUUCAAUAUGAUUUCACCAGCACCACCAGCGGCAGACACAUAUGGUUGCAUAACAUGGCUUGACAGGCAAAAACUUGCUUCUGUGGCAUAUCUUAGCUUUGGAUCCAUCACAACACCACCACCACAUGAACUUGUGGCACUAGCUGAGGCCUUAGAGACAAGUGGGGUACCAUUUAUAUGGUCACUGAAGGACAACUCGAAGGUACAUUUGCCCACUGGAUUCUUGGACAGAACCACAUCACAGGGACUUGUGGUACCAUGGACUCCUCAAUUGGAAGUCUUGGCUCACAAAGCAGUAGGGGUGUUUAUAACUCACUGUGGAUGGAACUCAUUGCUUGAGAGCAUAGCAGGAGGGGUGCCCAUGAUUUGUAGGCCAUUUUUUGGCGAUCAAAGGCUCAAUGGACGCAUGGUAGAGGAUGCGUGGAAGAUUGGUCUCCAGGUUGAGGAUGGAGUCUUUAGAAAGCAUGGAGUGUUAAAUAGCUUGGAUAAAGUUCUUUCACAAGACUCGGGGGAGAAAAUGAGGGAGAACAUAAGAACACUUCAACAACUCGCAAAGAAAGCCAUUGGACCAAAUGGGAGCUCCAUCAAUAAUUUUGUUGCUUUGUCAGAUCUAGUGUUCAAUACUAAAAUAUAGUAUUGAUGUCUAACAUAUUCUAGCAAUAAAUUUGGAGUUCGAGUUU